CAACAUUUGGUUCCAUCUACUUAUGUGGAUGUUCCAGUUUCGUUUUCCAGCAUACAGGUAACUACAUUUUUACGAGAGAGGUUGUAUGACAGUCAUCAACUCAAUGUUUGUCUUUCGGCGCACUGCGACUACAGGUCAUCAUUGAUGUCAGAGUGAAUACAGUAUUCCCAUGUCGUAGGCCCUUAUCUUCAGAAUAAAGAAUUUCUCGCCCUAACCCACCCUUGUCACUUUGAGAAGGACCUGUUUGGAGCGAUUUCGGCCAUUGCUAUAAACCAUGUAAUUUAAUAGUUCUUAAAAAAUUCGACAAAUUUGAACAUAUCACGACACCUUUCUCUUUCAAAAACCUCCUGAGAAGUUCUUAUAACACGAACACAAUCAAACAAAAUGCUCUCCUCUUCAACUGCCAGUUCGAGAGCCCGCGUGCUCUACGUGUACCGCAAGAGCGACCUACGCAUCUGCGACAACAGGGCUUUAGAGUAUGCGGUAUCCUUUGGAUUGCCGAUCUCCUUUGUGGCAGUGUUGGAUUUGAAAGGAGAAUGGGACCGCUUUGGGGAGACGACGCGGUUUACCUCGGCAGGGCCUUUGAGGCGUCGUUUUCACCUCCAAUGUCUAGAGGAUCUGGAUAAGUCAUUAAAGGAACAAGUCGCGGCUGCCGUUGGGGGAGGAGGAUGUGCUCCCGGCGAGAAAGCGAUGGAGAAGGAAGACCAGUCUUCUUAUGACUGGAUAUGUGAUGAGAAGGUGUCUGAGAAAGUGUCUUCAUGAUCACAUAAACAAAUAGAGAAUCACACAGGUUGUCCGCUCUGCUAUUUGAUGCUUGAACUGAAAUUAAAGCAAUAAAGGUAAAACAACCGGUUAGUUUUCACCUCCACAAUAUUAGGUUUAUCCCGUUCAACAAUUAAUAAUCGUAUUUAGAUAGAGUCCUCGACAGAAGAAGUAUAGUCCUCGUUCCAGAUGAGUCAACCCCCUUCUAUCUCUAAUACUUCUCGCAGCUGUACGUCUCCGAAGUUUCCCUUUCUGGCGUUGUGGAGAAACUGGGAUCUAAGUUUGAUCAUAUAGUCUGUUCUCGCGAACUCGGGACUUAUGAAGAGAAGGAGGAAGCGAAGGCUGUCAGGGCUGCUAAAAUUAAGGCUUCCCAACGUGCAUCCUGUGCUAGCAUUCGUUCUACAGAUUAAUAUGCUCUGACGGGAGUGACAAACAGAGUGAUAUUAAUCUGAUAAGAAAAAUUGGGUACUUACAAAAUAUCGGUACUUCCUCUAAUAACAGUCAGAAAACCACGCUCCACAUAGUUGCGGAUGAUAGUAUGGUCCCUCUGGAAACGUACCCUUUCCGACUAGAGAAGGAUGGGACGAACUGGGCCCUCAGCGUGAAUGGAAACCGGAAAACGAAGGUGCCAAUAAAAGAGGGAACUCGGGAAAGCAUGGAUGUUGAUUAAGAGAAGUGUGAUAAGUUCAGCACAGGUAAGUAGAAGUAAUUGCAAUACUCAUUAGGAUCUCUGAGUCUUUACAGGUGCAAUGACAAGAACAAAAGGAGAUAAACCACACACCAAUCAUCUCCUUAAUUCGUAGACCACAAGUAUCUACUUCUUUUCUCCCUUCUCUCUUCUCCUUUUUAUCUACUUCUUUCUCUCUUCUAAUUCUUUUCUAUCAUCUGUUAAUAUAGAGUUUCACUGCUCUUUUAUCUACAUCUGUUAAUGUAGGGUUUCUACUUCUUUCUCUCUUCUAAUUCUUUUCUCUUUGACUGCUCUAAGAAAUCUCAGAAGACACCUCGAAAAAACCGCCUUUCCGAGAUCAGUAUACUAGUUUCCGCCAGAAGGUCGAGGAAGGCUUACGCAAGGACCCAAUGAGCAAUACAGUGCCUGGAUCCGAGCUUGUGCGGCGUUAUUGUCCUCGCUUAGCUGCGUCUGGUCACGUUGGGAAGAGAUCCGAGACCUGCAAGCAUCAUUUGGCAAACGUCCUACCACGUUGUUUUAUUCACGAUAAAACUACUUCUAGAGUUGCUGGUGCUGGAACAAGUAUUACGAAGAUGCGAGUGGAAUCCUUGGGAGCGGUUAUGCCGCCACUAGCACCGAGUAAUGACGAGCAAAAAGCAGAUGUUGCUUCAUCAAUAGCGCGGCCAUUAUUUGACGUUCUUGCAGACCCGCCUGUGCCAGCCGUGCCUCAUAAUGCCCCUCUUUUGGAUCUCGCUAAGCUGCCAGAGGUUGUAGUAGAAGAAGGUUCCAGUGGUGAAAUGAAGGAUCCGUCAAAAGCCAUCACCGAUUUGGAGUAUCUUAUGAAAGAAGAAGAAAAUCAAAAUCCUCGAAAAAAAGGACUCCACUUAUAAUAUGUCUUAAUUUUCAUGUCACUACUAACCUCGAAAUAAAUACGACUUACCAAGUGAUGUUGAAUCCUAUCACGAACCACACGAUGGAUCGUUGACAAUGGACACGAAAAAUGCGUGUCAUCUUCACCUCUAAGUCUCAAGGCGGAGAGCGCGCAGCGUUGGCUCGAUUACAGGAGUACUUAUGGACGUCGGACGCUGUGGCGACGUACAAGCAGACGCGCAAUGGUUCUUUGGGUCGUUUCUUUUCCACCAAAUUUUCGAUGCACCUGGCAGUCGGAGCAAUUUCCGCUCGAACCGUUCUGCAUGAGCUCGCUCUGUACGAGGAGGAACGAACACGGAACGAGAGCACGUAUUGGGUGUUUUUCGAGCUACUUUGGCGUGAUUUCUUGCACUACGCUAUCGUUCGGCAUGGGCCUAGCUUUUUCUACGAAGGCGGACUGACUGGCCGAACGCGGCAAUGGAGCAACGACGUGGAGAAAUUUCGCGCGUGGGUUUCGGGUGAGACGGGUUUUCCGAUUGUGGAUGCGUGGAUGAAGGAACUGCGACAUACAGGCUUCAUGUCCAACAGGGGAAGACAGAAUGUCGCGAGCUUUUUGGUUUUUAAUCUGAAAUGCGACUGGCGGUGGGGUGCGGAAUACUUUGAGCACGUUUUGCUGGAUCACGAUGUGGCGUCGAAUUAUUAUGGCAAAACUUAUACUGAAUGCACCCCGUUUCCGUUUGAUAGUAUGCUCUGAGGGCAUUCUCCCUUCAGUCUCUAAAAAGAAGAUUAGUGAGGUGAUCGAUGGCAGGUGUCAAUUGGCGGGUCGACUUGAAGAGAUAAUCAAAGCAGCUGAACACUUAUAAUGCCGUUUUAUGUUUCUGAACUGGUACCCCGAUCUUCCUAAAGACAGUAGUCCUCACCUCUUUCUCUUUUCAUUCCUCCGGAAACUGGCUGACUAUAGCAGGAAUCGGGUUUCAGACACGAGAUAAUAUUUUCAAUAUCGUAAAACAGUCCAAGCAAUACGAGGCAGAAGGCGAGUUCAUGAAAUACUGGCUCAAAAACGAGAUAGGACCGGCAUUGGUAUUCCCGACUUUUACGUUUUUAGUUUUUGCCUCAAGAUAUGAUGUAGUCACUUACUUUGUAAAAAAGAUUCCAGUACACGCUCCCCAAGUACUCUACAAAAAUUCACACACAGGCCGCUGCCCCUAGCAACGAGGUGCGAAGGUUGUUACUCCACACUCCGUGGGAGGUGGUAGACUCUCGUGUGCGUGGUGUAAUGCCGGAAUAUUACGUUCGGCCUGUCGUGGACGCGAAAAAAUCGUUUUUCUACGACAACAGUGCAGGUGGCGACAGCAAGGGUGGUGGGAAGAAGGGGAAGAAAGGCAAGGGCAAAAACUCAUGGGUCUCAAAUGUUAUGGAAUUAACGCGCAAUGAUUCCCCUCAGCUCGUACUGCUUCAUGCACUGUAGUUCCCUCCUCCGGUUGAAAGCUAAAUCUUGUUCAAUUCCUACAAGUAGUGAGAAUUCAGGUGAGCGAACAAGACGUAUAAACUCUGUCUGCAAAGAAACCUUGCCUGACAACUUUAGAUCAUCUUCUAGUCUGCCUCUAAUUUCAGAUUCCACGAUAUGGCGCAUCAUGAUUCCUAUCGACCGGAAGCACGCGCUGGAGAAGGCGUGGAGACGAAGCCUAAACGCGGUAAGUGGCGUGGUGGCGGUAACAAGACCAGCGCGGGGAACUGAAACUAGAACCCAUAAGUUCAGGGUUUGGUCUUCUGUGUGUUGGGUGAUGAUCAAAACUAGUAGACCUUAUGGGUAAAAAGGGUGGUCAUUUGCGCUGUAGUGUUUAGAAGUGUGUAACUGACGACUACUCCUCGACAGAAUUGUGUGUAGGGAGAUGAUAGCUUGUUGGGGAGCUAUCGCUACUGUUGUGAUGAUUUAGACAUUUUCACCCAUCUAUUGGGUGGCGGGAACAUAUGAAGAUGAAUCCUUACUAUCGACGGUUGGCAUAGCCUGAUUGUCUCUUUCGCUUGUUCUAUCGAUCUGCUGACUUCAAAUGUACUACUGAAUGCAUCAUGUAUGCUCAAACAGCGCCAUGAUGUCUAGGCAGCACCACUAGUUGUUUUUCUAGGAAAGUCCUCUCAGCGAUUUAGAAGACAGUGGCAGACAUCCAUGAAGAUCCGUGUAUGCUUGAUGCUUCUCUGGUGCGCUGAUGAGGAUACCUACAUUGGGUCUCCUAGAUUGGUCUUUUUAUGUGAAUGAGAAACAAGUUACAGUUUCGAGUUUCUAGCAUGCUUUGUAGGAGUUGGCGCUAUUUGGCGGUGAUUUGUGUGCAGCUAAAGAAGAUCACCUGCUUACGCAGUCCUCGGACACAGAGGACAUACGAAUUUGUGAUGUCAUGUAUCAUUUUUAUUGGAGUUGAACCGAGGACGACGAAGGUCCGAAUUGUUUCAAUGUAUUUUGGCCCUCAAGGCCAUCCGCGUUAU